AUGCAGUCUACACCUCGUGCAUCUCCCUCAGGUCCCCAGCAAGAUCAGCAACUCUUUUAUGCAGGGGUCUCAGACAAAGACAAUACUCCAGAGACAUUUCCUUUGAAUGAAAAUCUUCUUGAUAAGGAGGGAGAGCCUAUGAAUGCAGCUCUUUCUCAUUCUUUCAAUACUCCGGCACAGCUGCGCCGCACAGUUUUAUUGUCUUUAUUUGCUGUUUCUUCUCUUGUCUUUCUUCUUUUAAUGUGCGGCUUCCGAAUUAAACAUUCUCGGGUGUCUAGGCACCUCCGCAGACUCGCAGAUUCUGAAAAGCCCUGGGAUAAAUGCGAGGGAGAUGGGCCCCCUCAUGAAGCUGCUGCUGGUGCUGCUGCUGCAGCGGCAGCUGGAGCAGCAGAAGCAGAUUCAACAGCAGAGGCAGGAUCGGAGACAGAACCACCAGAACCAGAAACAGCAGCAACAGCGGCAACUGCAGCACCAGAGACACAAGGUGAAGACGCGCCUGAAGGAGGAGCAGGAGCAGAAGAAAACGAGACAGAAGGAGAACCAGCAACAGCAGCAACAGGAAAAGAAGAAGCAGCAGACGGAGCUGAGGCAGAGACUGACACAGCACCUGAAACAGAAGCAACAGCAACAGCACCAAACGAACCACUCCCUCCUAUACCAGAAGAUCUAGCAGAAGGAGCAGGAGCAGAAGUAGGAGCAGCAGCAGGAGGCGAAGGACCACCAGAUCCAGCAGCAGCAGCUCCAGCAACAGCGCAGGAAGGAGCAGCAGGAGCAGAAGGAGGAGCAGACGAAGCAGCAGCAGACGGAGAAACAGCAGACGGAGCAGCAGCGGAGGCGGGACCUGCACGGGUGUCACUAGACACAGCAGCAGUAGCAGCAAGAGUAGCAGCACAGCAAAGAGUAGACUACUUUUUAAGGGAGUUAAUGGAUAUGUGGGAGACAGGAAGACAACUAAUGCAGCACCUACGGGAUUGUGACCGUGCUUCUCUUGCGGAGAUGCUGCUGAAGAUUGCUGGAAUGGAGCUGUCCACAAUAGCAGCAGCGGCAGCAGCAGGAAGCCUACACGUAGCAUCUGCAACGAAGAGGAAGGUACACGACCUAGCUACUGCACUUCUACAGCAGGGGAGUCUGGAGCUGAUGAAGGCGGGCUGCAACAUCGGAUUGUGGGACGAAGACCUGAAUGGUAGCAGCAGCAGCAAGGACAACAGCAGCAGCGCCACGCAGGCGCUGCUUUUCUUAGGGGCCUUAACAGGUAAAUCACCAGCACUAUGGACGACGCGUACUUCAUGGACGGAGCCGUCUCAAGAGGAAGCAGGGGCAGCAGCAACUGUUGCUGCUGUUGCAACUGCUGUAGCACAACAGCAAUUCUUGAGUUAUUAUCCACCAGCAGCAGGUGCUGCUACUCCUUUCUGGGGACAAUAUUUACAGCCACAGCAGAUGCUGCAGCAGCAGAUGCUGCAGCAGCAGAUGCUGCAGCAGCAGCAAGGGCUGGUGCCGCCGCAGACGCCGGUGCCUCUGCUGCAACAGCAGGACACUGCGCUGCCGCAGCAGACGCCGCUGCCGGAGCAGGAGCAGCAGCCGGAGGAGCUAGAGCUGCCGCAGCUACAGCAGCCUGUGCUGCAGCCGACAGUAACUCUGGAGCCGCACCCUGGGCCGGCGCAGCCGACGCUGGUGCUGCCGCCACAGGUGCCGGCAUGGAUGCCGCCACAGGGAUGGAUGCAGCCAGGGGUGCUGCUGCCUCCAGGGAUGCUGCUGCCGCCUCACGCGCAGCCUUUCUUAGUGCAGCAGCCGCAGCAUUUUCCAGGGUUUCUGCCGGGUCGUGGCUGGCCUCCACCAACACCUGUAGUGCUUUUGGGGCCCUCUGAAAGAGGAGCAGCAGCAGCAGCAAGCGGGCGCAGUGCGAGUGUGCCGCUGCUGCUGCUGCGGCGGCACGGUACAUCCAGACCAAGUGGGUAUGACAGCAGCAGCAGCAGCAGCAGCAGCAGCAGCAGCAGCAGCAGCAGCAAGGGCAGCAAGACCAGAAAGAGGGGAACCAAGGGUGCCAAGCGCCGCAGGCGCACUCUGACCGCCGCUGAUAUUCUGUUUGGUGCUGCAACUGUCGGUAGAAUGUGCGUUUCAGAAGUAACGUGGACUAUGCGACAGCUUUCUCUCACCUUAGCCCCCGAUGCCUCUCCUACAUUUUCAUUUCACUUUCCUCGCUUUCCUUCUUCUUCCUCUUCCUCUUCUUCUUCUUCUUCUCCCUCUUCUUCUUCUUCUUUUACUUUUCCUAGUUUUCCUCCUCAAGAAGAUGUAGAUCUAUGUUUGCGUAUUGUAGGAGGAUUGAUGCAAGUAAGACUAGAGCAGAUAAUGCUGCAGGGUAUAUUUUCUACUGGUAUUAGACAUGUUGAAGAGAUAGCAGGCUGCGACCCGUUUAGUUCGUCUGCUGGCAUUCCUCCUGUUCACAACUUAACUGUUUCUUCGACGAGGAGGCAAGUGAAGGAACUUCUUGCAGUACGAAGUAAUGUUACGGGGCACCAUGCUCAAGAGCAGCAACAGCAGCAGCAGCAGCAGCAGCAGCAGCAGCAGGAGAGGCUUAGGGAGGUGCUGGAUCGGUAUGGGAAGGGCCUCCUCACUGAUGCACAUGAGAGAGAAGCUGCAGCACUAUCAGAUGCUGCUGCUGCAGCAUCUUCUGCUGUUGCUGCUGUUCUUUAUUCAGAAAGCGGCAGUACAGCAGCAGCAGACGUAGAUGAUGAUUUUGAUGAUGAUUCUGUCUUUUACCCACCAUCUCCAACUGAGCGUUUUUCUUCUAGCUCUCCACCCCUUUAUGAGUCUUAUCGUUUGCCGUCUUCUUCUUCUUCUUCUUCUUCUUCUUCUUCUUCUUCCUCUUCUUCUGCUUCUUCCUCUUCUUCUUCCUCUUCUUCUUCUUUUUCUUUUCCCUCUUUCUCUCUCUCUUCUUCUUCUUCUACUUCUUCUUCCAGAGAUGCAGAUGUAGAAGAUAAUGAUACUGAUAGUGAAAGUGACUACGAUUAUGAUUUUGAUGAUGAUGUAUUUUAUCCUGGUACAGAUGCAAGUUCUGCUCUAUAUGCUUUCUUUAAUAGAUCCGCUGCUGGUGUUGCUGCUGCUGGUGCUGCUGCUGCUGCUGCUGCUGCUGCUUCCUUUGCUACUGCUGCUGCUGCUGCUGCUGCUGGUUCUGCUGCUGCUGCUGCUGCUGCUGCUUCUAGUACUUCUUCAUCAUCUUCUUUCUACCCUGAAGGUUUCUCUGGUGUUGCAUCUCCGUCUGAGUUCGAUUUGCUUUACUUUUCUUCUUCUUCUUCUUCUUCGUCUUUUUCUUUCCCUAACCCUACUCACUUUGCAUACCCCCCUUCGCCUUCGUUUGUUUUUCCUCCAGCUUCUUCGUUUUCGAUGCCUGUCCCUCAGUCUCCUCCUCCAUUUACUUCUCCUCGAUUUCCUUCGCCUUAUCCUGUGUUUUCAUCACCUUCUGUUUUUCACUUCCCUGUUGGGCAGUUUCCUUCUCCUCCUUCCCCAUAUUUUUCUGCUGCUUCUUCAUUUGGUUCUGCUUCUACUGCAUUUGCUACUGCUGCUUCUUCAUUCGCUUCUGCUGCUUCUUCAUUUGCUUCUGCUGCUUCUUCGUUUACUUCUUCUGAUUCCGCAUUACCUUUUGCUGCUCCCGGUAUUCCUUUUGUUGCUUUUGCUACUCUUGGUACUCCUUUUGCUGUUCCUGGUACUCCUUCUGCUGCUCCUGGUAUUCCUUUUGCUGCUCCUGGUACUCCUGGUGUUGCAGCUGCCGAGGCUGCUACUGGUGCUGCUGCAGGAGCAGCAGCAGGUCAUGAAGCAAAACAUCCUCGGCGGCCUCUCCCUCCAACGAAAUCACCUAGACGACUUCCCUAUCCGUUUUUUGUUACACUUGAUACUCAAAAUGAAGACAACGAAAACGAAGAAAACGAAGAAAAAGAAGAAAAGGAAAAGGAAAAGGAAGAAAAAGAAAAACACUCGCAGUAA